CUCAUUCCAAGUUUAAGAUCUCCAAUUAUACAAAAAAUAUUCCUCAAAUUAUUGUACCAUGGGUACUAUGAAAAUCAACCCAGAACAUGAAUUUGAUGGUCAAUUAUCCAUCAACCCAAGUAGUAGUAGACUUUUAGACCCAGAGGAGUUUAGAAGGCAAGGCCAUAUGAUGGUUGAUUUCCUUGCUGAUUACUUCCAAAAUAUCGAAAAAUAUCCUGUUCGUAGUCAAGUUGAACCAGGUUAUCUUAAAAAAAUAUUACCAGACUCCGCGCCAUAUAAACCUGAACCAAUAGAAAAGAUACUGGAAGAUGUGGAAAGGGAUAUUUUUCCUGGGUUGACACAUUGGCAAAGUCCAAAUUUCUUUGCUUACUUCCCUUGUACUUCAAGCACUGCUGGGAUUGUAGGUGAAAUGUUAAGUGCUGGUCUUAAUGUAGUUGGCUUUAGUUGGAUAGCAUCACCAGCUGCUACUGAACUAGAAAGUAUUGUCAUGGAUUGGCUUGGGAAAAUGAUGAAUCUUCCCAAGACAUACCUUUUCUCUGGUGGGCAUGGUGGUGGAGGUGUUAUACAAGGUACAACUUGUGAAGCUAUGUUGUGCACUAUUGUUGCUGCAAGAGAGCAAAUGUUAGAAAAAGUUGGAAGAGAGAACAUUGAGAAGCUAGUAGUUUAUGCAUCUGAUCAAACUCAUUCUUCUUUCGAAAAGGCUGUUAAGAUUUCUGGGAUUAAACUUGAAAAUUUUCGAAUUAUUCCAACAACAAAGGAUACUGAAUUUGCUCUAGACCCAAAAUCACUAAGUAGAACAAUUGAACAAGAUAUAAAAUCUGGAUUUAUACCCUUAUUCAUGUGUGCAACUAUCGGAACUACUUCAACAACUGUCGUUGAUCCAUUGAAGCUACUUUGUGAAAUUACAAAAGACUAUGGAAUUUGGGUACAUGUCGAUGCAGCCUAUGCAGGAGGUGCAUGCAUUUGCCCGGAAUUUCAACAUUUUCUUGACGGUAUUGAAAAUGCAAACUCUUUCAGCUUUAAUGCGCACAAAUGGUUAUUCUCCAAUUUGGAUUGUUGUUGCCUUUGGGUGAAAGAUCCAAGUGCUCUUACAAAUGCCUUGUCAACAAGGCCUGAAUACUUAAGAAACAAAGCCACUGAUACUGAACAAGUGGUUGAUUACAAAGACUGGCAACUUUCUUUAAGUCGUAGAUUCAGAGCGUUAAAGUUAUGGCUUGUGUUACGAAGCUAUGGGAUUGACAAUCUCAGAAAUUUCAUAAGAAGUCAUGUCAAAAUGGCUAAGCAUUUUGAACAACUUGUAUCCAUUGAUGAAAGAUUUGAAAUUGUGGCUCCUAGAAAUUUCUCUAUGGUGUGUUUUAGGGUUUCACCAUUAGCAUUGGGAAACAAACAAGUGAACAAGUUCAACAUGGAGCUUUUAGAGUCAAUUAAUUCAUGUGGUAAUAUACACAUGACUCAUGCUUUGGUUGGAGGUGUUUAUAUGAUCCGUUUCGCCAUUGCUGCACCUCUCACUGAGUAUAAACAUAUUGACAUGGCGUGGGAAGUCAUUUGUAACCAUGCGAAUGCAAUGUUAGACGUCAAUUAAUCGACAAAGAUAGCUCAACCAGAACCUUAAUUAUCUUUACAGUGUAUGUGUGUGGUUUGUCUUUUUCAGUUGUCAUCAAGUGCAUUAUUGUU